AUGGUGGAUGGAAGUACACGUCAAAAACAAUUUUCUAACGAUUUGUCUGAGAUGAACAUCUCCGCCUCCUCGCGCGCUACGGCCGCGACAACGCUCGUCCUCGAGAGCCACUACCUCCCGGGCGGCGCGGCGCACGGGUUCACGCGAAACGGCUUUUCGUUUGACACGGGCCCGUCGCUGUUCUCGGGAUUGUCGUCGCGCGGCCCGCAGGCGAACCCGCUCGCGCAGGUUCUGGACGCGCUGGGGGAGACGGUGCCGUGCGCGGCGUACGACAGCUGGAUGUGCUACCUGCCUGAGGGGGAUUUCCUCUCGCGCAUCGGCCCAUCUCACUUUAUCGAGGUGUUACAGCAGCGAGUGGGGGAAGAGGCAGUGCAGGACUGGCGCAAGCUAAUGGCAGCAGUGGAGCCACUAGCCGGCCCCUCAAUGGCGCUCCCUCCAGCUGCUCUCCGUGCCGACCCUGCCGUGUUGCUCACUGCGGGGCUGAGGUACGGCCCAAGCCUGCUCCGCACUUUCGGCAGCGCCGGGCCUGCAGCUGCGCUGAACGCAUCGAAGCUGAUGGGCCCGUUCUCCUCGCUAGCAGACUCGGUGGGUGUGAAGCACCCCUUUGUUCGCAACUGGAUCGACCUGCUCUCCUUCCUGCUCUCGGGGCAGAAGGCUGACGCCACCAUCGCUGCUGAAGUGGUGUACAUGUUUGCAGAGUGGUACAAGCCCGGCAGCGUCAUGGAGUACCCUCUCGGCGGCCCCGAGGCGAUUAUCCAGGCGCUUAUAAGGGGGAUGGAGAAGCACGGCGGGCAGCUCUCCCUGAACUGCCACGUGGACAGCAUAGUGGUGGAGGGCGGCCGGGCAGUCGGCGUAAAACUUAAAUCCGGGCAGAUUGUUCGUGCCCGUACGGCCGUAGUGAGUAAUGCAUCGGUGUGGGAUACCAUGCGCGUGCUGCCGCCUGGGAGUGUACCUGGGGAGUAUCGGAAGGAGAGGGAGGCUACACCCGAGUGUGAUUCAUUCAUGCACCUGCAUCUGGGAAUCAAGAAGGAGAAUCUUCCAGCUGACCUGGAGAUCCAUCACAUCGUGGUCAACGAUUGGUCGGUGGGCGUCGACGCGCCUCAGAACGUGGUUCUCAUCUCCAUCCCGACGGUCCUCGACGCCUCGCUGUCGCCACCUGGCACCGUCUCAUUGCACGCGUACACCCCGGGGACCGAACCAGCCUCCCUGUGGGAAGGCCUGGAUAGACGAUCUGCUGAAUACAAGAAACUGAAGGAGGAGAGGGCUGAGGUGAUGUGGAAAGCAGUGGAGAGGGUGCUUGGUCCAGGUUUCUCACGUGAUCAAUGUGAGCUGGCAUUGUUGGGUACGCCCUUGACUCAUGGGCGGUAUUUGAGAAGGCACCGAGGCACUUAUGGCCCGGCAAUCAAGGCAGGCGAGGGGACUUUCCCAGGCUCGACGACGCCCCUUCCGGGCCUGUUUUGCUGCGGGGAUUCGACGUUUCCGGGGAUUGGUGUGCCUGCGGUUGCGGCGAGUGGAGUUGUGGCGGCUAACACUCUGACCCCUGUGUGGGACCACUGGAAGUUGCUUGAUGCUAUUGGUAUCUGA